AUGUUGAAGAGUAAUUAUACCAUGCCAGCUGAGUUCAUAUUUGUUGGAUUUACAGAUCAUUUGCCUGUCAGAGUCACACUAUUCUUGGUUUUUCUUGUUGUUUAUACAUUAACUGUGGUGGGAAAUCUGGGCAUAAUAAUCCUAGUUAGUAAUAAUGCAAGCCUCCAAACCCCCAUGUAUUAUUUUCUUGGCAACUUGUCUUUCUUAGACAUUAGCUAUUCUACAGCAAUAGCUCCUAAAAUGCUGGUAAAUUUUUUAGCUUCCAGGAAGAGCAUUUCUUCCUCUGGCUGUGCACUACAAAUGUUUUUCUUUGCUUGUUUUGCUGAUGCUGAAUGUCUCAUCCUGGCAGCAAUGGCAUAUGACCGCUAUGCAGCCAUCUGCAACCCACUGCUGUACUCUACACUGAUGUCUAGGAGAGUCUGUAUCAGCUUGGUUGUAUUGGCAUAUUUCAGUGGAAGCAUGACGUCACUGGUACAUGUCUCCCUCACAUUCAGGCUGCCAUUUUGUGGGUCCAAUGUUGUCAAUCACUUUUUCUGUGAUAUCCCACCCCUCCUGGCAUUAUCAUGUGCAGACACCCACAUCAAUGAGCUUCUGCUCUUUGCCUUGUGUGGCUUCAUACAGACAAGCACAUUUGUGGUCAUAUUUAUCUCUUACUACUGCAUUCUCAUCACAGUUUUGAGCAUCAAAUCAUCAGGCAGCAGAAGCAAAACCUUCUCCACCUGUGCCUCCCAUCUCUUAGCAGUCACUUUAUUCUAUGGAACACUUCUGUUUACGUACUUACGUCCCACCACCAGCUAUUCCCUAGACACUGACAAGGUGGUAGCAGUGUUCUAUACUGUUGUCUUUCCCAUGUUCAAUCCGAUAAUCUAUAGCUUUAGAAACAAGGAUGUGAAGAAUGCCCUCAAAAAACUAUUAGAAAGACAAUUUUCAAAUGGGUAA